ACAGUGGAGGGAAGAACUCAACUCGUUUCGAGCAGAGCCGAAAGUGACGAACCAAUGGAAGCUUAGAGGUGAAAAUUAUUCACAUUUCACAGUAUCCCUCCAAAAACGUACUCUCUCUCUAUCCCCUGGUUUCCACUGCUGUUCUUUCAUUGAACCAUAUGGUGUAGAAUCAGGUUCCAUUGAGACCUCAGAUUGGUUCCUGUAGCUAGCCUUUCACUUUUUUUUUUUUUUUUUCUUUCCCUCUUUCAUGUUCUAUGGCGUUCGUAGUAUUGAGCUCUGUUUGUUGGUUCUGAAUCCCCACAAGAUGUUUUGGAGAUUGGGCGUUGUUCUCGUCGACCAGCACCAUGAGGAUCGGCGAUACGGCGAUUUCCGAGGCCUGAGUGGGAGAUCGUUUUGAGUAUUGGAUUGAUAAUCUUGGGGUUUGAAGCUUCUGAGAGUGUUUGGUGGAUUUUUCAGCGACAAGGAUGCUGAAUCUUUGAUCGUUGUUGAUUUUCUGAAGCUCAAGCUUGGUUUGAAGCUCUGAUCUCGAAAGAUUAGCUUAUCCUUGUGUUUAGCGCUUGUCUCACUUUCACUUAACAAGGACAAGUGCAUAACAGUUCCGGAUAUUGCUAUCGUUUAUCGUUUUAUCUUUAACGCUAUUGCUAGUGGAAUAGCCAUUACUAUUAUACUAGAAUUUUGUAGGAAGGGGUUGUAGAUUGAUAAGCUGCGAGUGUUUGUUUCUUUUUUUGGGCUGUGUAAGGAUUGCUCAAAGUCUUGCCCAAUUUAGCAAAGAGGGUUGUGCUACUUCAUCGGCUCCGUGGGAAUUUUGAGCUAGAAAUUUAAUAAUGGCUAUGUCCUGCAAGGAUGGUAACAAACAUGGUAUCGACAACGGCAAAUACGUUCGGUACACACCGGAGCAGGUUGAAGCCCUUGAGCGGCUCUAUCAUGAAUGUCCAAAACCCAGUUCCAUUCGUCGUCAGCAGCUUAUCAGAGAGUGCCCCAUUCUUUCUAAUAUCGAGCCUAAGCAAAUCAAAGUCUGGUUUCAAAAUAGAAGAUGUCGUGAAAAACAGAGGAAAGAAUCGUCUCGGCUUCAAGCUGUGAAUAGGAAGCUUACGGCCAUGAAUAAGCUUCUAAUGGAGGAGAAUGAUAGGCUGCAGAAGCAGGUUUCACAGCUGGUGUAUGAGAAUGGCUAUUUCCGCCAGCAUACUCAGAGUACGACGCUUGGAGCUAAAGACACAAAUUGUGAACCGGUGGUAACUAGCGGUCAACACAAUUUGACAUCUCAGCAUCCUCCUCCAAGGGAUGCUAGCCCUGCAGGACUUUUGUCCAUUGCAGAAGAGACUUUAACAGAGUUUCUUUCAAAGGCCACUGGAACUGCCGUGGAGUGGGUCCAAAUGCCUGGAAUGAAGCCUGGUCCGGAUUCCAUUGGAAUCGUUGCUAUUUCUCAUGGUUGCCCUGGUGUGGCUGCACGUGCCUGUGGCUUGGUGGGUCUAGAACCUACUAGAGUUGCUGAAAUCCUCAAGGAUCAGCCAUCUUGGUUUCGCGAUUGCCGAGCUGUGGAUGUUCUAAAUGUGCUGCCAACAGCUAAUGGUGGAACCAUUGAGCUGCUUUAUAUGCAGCUUUAUGCGCCUACAACGUUGGCGCCUGCUAGGGACUUCUGGUUGUUACGCUACACUUCUGUUUUGGAAGAUGGUAGCCUUGUGAUCUGUGAGAGAUCACUUAAGAACACCCAGAAUGGUCCAACCAUGCCUCCAGUGCAGCAUUUUGUUAGAGCAGAGAUGUUGCCGAGUGGAUAUCUGAUAAGACCAUGUGAAGGAGGUGGUUCUAUCAUUCACAUUGUUGAUCAUAUGGAUCUGGAGCCAUGGAGUGUUCCAGAAGUAUUGCGUCCAUUGUAUGAAUCGUCCACUGUUCUUGCUCAAAAGAUGACUAUGGCGGCUCUACGCCAGUUGAGGCAGAUAGCUCAUGAAGUUUCACAGUCGAAUGUAACAGGCUGGGGUAGACGCCCUGCAGCCUUACGUGCACUUGGUCAAAGGCUAACCCGGGGUUUUAACGAGGCACUUAAUGGGUUUAACGACGAAGGGUGGUCUGUGAUGGGAAAUGAUGGCAUGGAUGAUGUAACUAUUCUCGUAAAUUCAUCUCCUGACAAGCUAAUGGGAUUGAACAUUUCAUUUGCAAAUGGAUUUUCUUCCAUCAGUAACGCAGUUUUAUGUGCUAGAGCAUCCAUGCUGUUGCAGAAUGUGCCUCCUGCAAUUCUACUGAGGUUCCUGCGGGAGCACAGAUCAGAAUGGGCAGAUAACAACAUUGAUGCUUUUUCUGCUGCUGCUGUUAAAGUGGGCCCGUGGAGCUUACCAGGGUCCAGAGUUGGAAGUUUUGCGAAUCAAGUAAUACUUCCACUCGCUCACACGAUUGAGCACGAAGAACUUCUAGAAGUGAUUAAACUGGAAGGCGUUGGCCAUACACCUGAAGAUGCAAUGAUCCCUAGAGAAAUGUUUCUUCUUCAACUCUGCAGUGGAAUGGAUGAAAACGCCAUUGGCACAUGUGCUGAGCUAAUAUUUGCUCCAAUUGAUGCUUCUUUUGCUGAUGACGCACCGCUUUUACCCUCCGGGUUUCGGAUCAUACCACUUGAUUCCGGAAAGGAAACAUCCAGCCCAAAUCGAACACUCGACCUUGCUUCUGCUCUUGAAAUUGGGCCUACUGGAAAUAGAGCACCAAACGACACUGUAAAUUCUGGCUGUACGAGGUCUGUAAUGACGAUCGCCUUUGAAUUUGCAUUUGAAAGCCAUAUGCAAGAACAUGUGGCAUCAAUGGCUCGACAAUAUGUCCGUAGUAUUAUAUCGUCGGUCCAGAGGGUUGCAUUAGCUCUCUCUCCUUCUCAUUUAAGCUCUCAUGGUGGACUAAGAUCUCCCCUCGGUACUCCUGAAGCACAGACGCUUGCUCGUUGGAUAUGCAACAGUUACAGGUGCUACUUGGGGGUGGAGCUAUUAAAAUCUGGUAACGAAGGAGGAGGUGAGCUUGUCCUGAAAACAUUGUGGCAUCACUCGGAUGCAAUCAUGUGCUGCUCUCUAAAGCCUAUGCAGGCAUUGCCAGUGUUCACUUUUGCAAAUCAGGCAGGCCUCGACAUGCUUGAGACAACCUUAGUUGCACUACAAGACAUAACUUUGGAAAAGAUAUUCGACGACCAUGGAAAAAAGACGCUCUGCUCCGAAUUUCCACAGAUAAUGCAACAGGGAUUUUCCUGUCUUCAAGGAGGCAUAUGCCUAUCGAGCAUGGGCCGACCUGUCUCAUACGAAAGAGCUGUGGCUUGGAAGGUACUAAAUGAAGAAGAAAAUGCACACUGCGUCUGUUUUAUGUUUGUGAACUGGUCUUUUGUCUGAUGCUAAGAUUGCGUAGAUGAAGUUCAAGACUUAUUUACUGUUAGAUCUCUUUUGUUAGUUCUUUUGGUUAUGCAAACUUUGGAUCCUAAGAGUUGGCCUGCCCCUUCAGUACUCACUCUUUGUUCAUCAUUGUAUCUAAUGUUCUUAGUUUUCUUAGUUAAUUUCAGUGCCCCAUUUGACAA